CCUUCAGGAGCCACAGAGCUCCUGAAGGUUGAGGACACGCCCUCAAGUUUGGAAACGGUGCAGUGGAUUCGUGGGUUUCUUUCCCCUCAGCUGCACAUUUCACCGGGAAGAGAACACAGAAGCGGAGAGUCCUGAAGCCCUUUUCUCUCUUUCCUUGUUCUUUUCCUCUGUGGUGAGGUUAGCCGUCGAGUGGAGCGCAGCCUGCCGCGUUUAGCUCCCUGUGGUGCGGAGACAGAGGGAAAUCCACCUGCCGGAGAGCGGACACACCUCGGGAUGGAUGCCCUGAAAUCUGCCGGCAGAGCGAUCAUUAAGAGCCCCGGCGUCCCGCGACACACCUGGGGCGCUUCAAAGCAUGAAAAGUUGCCAGAAAACUGGACGGACACAAAGGAGACCCUGCUGGAAGGGAUGGUGUUCAAUGUGAAGUACCUUGGUAUGACUCUGGUGGGACAACCUAAAGGAGAGGAAAUGGCUUCAGCUGCUAUUCGAAGAAUUGUUGCAACGGCCAGAGCCAGUGCCAAGAAGUUUCGGAAAGUAACCCUGACAGUGUCCCCAAAGGGCAUUAUCAUCACAGACACAGAGACUGCAGAUCUAAUAGAGAAUGUCUCUAUAUACAGAAUCUCAUACUGCACCGCAGAUAAAACUCAGGACAAGGUCUUCGCUUAUGUUUCCCAAAGCCAGUUCAAUGAGACUCUUGAGUGUCAUGCAUUCCUCUGCCAAAAAAGAAAAAUUGCUCAGGCUGUGACCUUAACAGUAGCUCAGGCAUUUAAAGUGGCAUUAGAUCUUUGGGAAAUUGCUCAGGAAGACAAAAACAAGAAGGCAAGGAGCUGCUGCUCCUGUGCAGCCAAUGAUGGACAGAUGGUAACGACAGAGAUGCAGUGUGUUCCGGCAGCCUCCCAUUCACACCUGCAGUCCCCAUCACAUUCGUCAGUGCAUAAGCCCACCGUGAUGGAGGAAAAGCCCCGGAGGCCCUUCUUCUCCGCUUCUCUUAGCUCGCCAUCGCCUCGCAGCAACCCCACCCGGAGACGUCCGAUUAAACAUGACUCAUGGGAUGUGGAGGAUGGAUUCGAUGAUGUUUUCUCAAGCAAUAUGGAGGUAGAAGAAGCAGACACUGACUGGCCGAGCCCCACUCCGAACCCGUCUCUGACAAUGCAGCUCUGAGUCCCUGGGAGGUCUCCGCAGAGAAUCUGUUGCUGUUCGGCAACAAUUAUUUUCAAUAGCACCAGCUGGCAAUAGCUGCCUGUCAUAGAAACUUAACAGAAAGCACACACUGGUGCCCAAGACAGACAGAAAACAAACAACAUAUUCUACAUAGUCCCAGUCAGGGACGCAGUGAUAUUUUUGUGCAGCGAAGCCAAAAUAAGCUGACAUUAUAAAGGAUCUCCAUCUUGCAGUCUGCUUGCUAUAAGCAUACAUUGAGAUUCUUACAAACUACCUAGUGAAAUAUGACUCACUCAGUGAACAGUAAAGAAAUGUAAGUUAAGAAAGAACAAAAUAUCUACACCAUGAAAUUCUUAUCACAGUAAAAGCUGCCUAAAAAGUCUAUUUAUCACAGUCCAGAAAUGUGUUUAACUGAUUGGCUUGUGGAAAUGGGAAAGCCCUUUAAUUUUUUUUUGGCUGCCAACUUCUCUGAAAGGAAUCCAAUGUUUGAAUCAUUAGAUGCGGGCCUAAUACUGAAUAAAUUACACUGUACAAGUGCCACCUAGAUCAUGUUUGUUUCUCACCAUGCCAGAUUCAAACCAUCCAUUGUUACGGUUCUGACUAUAUCAACAAAUUGCAUUAAGUCUUAAAUGGAAAUUGAAGUAAAUGGCAAAGCAACCAGAAAGCUGGGAGCAAGUCAAAUAUUUAGGCAACUAUGUCUUGAAGACAACUUGGGACUUUCUUGCAGAGCCAACAACAGUCAAGAAAGAGAAAAUAUUUGGUUGAGUGGACAAAAAAAGAUAUUGUUGAUGUCUGAGGUCAGAGGAGAAUUGGCGGACUGAUUUGAGGUAAUAGAAAGGGGAAAAUUAGCUUAAUUGUUAUAACCAAAGUGUGUGGAAUACAAUCUCUGAAUCCACAACAUGGAUUCAGAUGUGUCCCAGAGCAGGUGGGACACAAGAUGGAAAACCAGGAGUUCACUCCUGCUGUGAGUUGUAGCUUUAGUAAAGGCUCACCGGAAUGAGAUGAGAGUCUUGAUUUGAGAUGUGAUGUUCAGAUGGUAGGGUUAGAAUUUGGUGUAACAUUAUGAAGCGUGGGUCCAUCUUGCCUUGAUAGCAUUUGAGCAAAACCACAAAGGCAUUGAAUAAAAAAAAAACAACAUACAAAUAUAAUUUACCAAAAUUGGUGUGUGAAAUUGUGUCUUAAAAGUAAUCACGAAAUCAGGCUUAUUAAAACAUUAAAGCAAUCUACUGACAUUUAUUUAUUUAUUUUUACUUUUUAUGAUGUCUUAUGGUGUCCAACUUGUUUCUUUUUAUAUUAAGAGAGACCUUAAUAUAUUAUAUUAAGAGAGACUGACUGCUGGAUUCAUUAUUAAACCCAGCAGUAGCUCCUCACUGGCAGGAACAGGUUGACAUUACAGCAGCAUUACUUUCAGCUGUUUCACUGGUGUGUUUUCAAUCCCUCACAUUUAUCAUAAUCUCAUUUAUUCAGCUGUUACUGUACAUAAAGAUGGUGUCGGUGUUAAAGAAAAGUGAUCAUGCUGGAGUAUGAUAACUGUAAUUCCACCUCCUAUGUCUUUGAGUAUUUCCUAUUUCCUAAUGUUGUAUUUUUCAUUGUGGUGAGCAUAUUGUAUUACUGUAAAUGAUGUAGAAUCAGGCCUUUAUGCAAUUUUUUUUUUAAAGCUAUUUAUUAUUCCUGAGAUGUAAAUGUGUAGUUUGUACAGAUUUUAAUGUGUGAUACUUUUACAGCUGCAGGAAACAACUUUUACUCGGUCACAUGCACGUCAGUAGUCACAGGUUAAACUGAUGUAUGCCUUUUCAAACCUUCUUCUGUAACUCUAGAAAACACAGUUUGUCCCAAGGAUCUGUCCUCGUGGGUGGAAACGAUUUGCCCGAAAUCUCAUUACAGAUUUAGACUGAGCACUUUAUUUUUAUUCAUGUCUUAGAUGACUCUCAUUGUAAGAAGGGCAUUAUUUUGUCCUCGAGUGUGACUGAAGAGGUCUCUUCUCUCUGUAUUCAUGGCCCCCUGGCUGAGAAUAAUUGUGACGCAAGGGGGGUUUUCUUGUGUUGUUGUCAUGACACCCACUGCAGAAUAAUUGGAUGGCUUAUCAGGUUACGCCAUGGAGCUUAAUUGCAUUGUUAUAUUCCUGGCUGACAGAAAUACGAGCUUGACUGCCUCUCGAAAGAAAACUGUGUAUUUCAGAUAUCGAGGAUGGCAUCCUGAGUGUCGGUAGGUGAUUUUUCAACUGUGAAGUUCAAGGACACGCAAUGUCAAAAUGUACAAUUUUAUGUAUUUAUUUCUUGCUCAGACACCUGCCAGUGUUUACUGCAUUUGGUCACUAUUGGUUAGUCACUGGACUGAUGUCUUAGUGUGCAAGAAUUUAUUGAUAUCAAAAGACCAGUUGAUCUCAAAAGUGUACACACCCAGUUUAAAAUCCAUAGUUUUGUGAUGCAAAAUAUGAAAUUAAGAUGAAUUUAAACACCAAAAAGAAAAUAUGUCUAAUGAAAAAAUAUAAGUAGCAAUAUACAGUAGAUGUAACCACUUGAUUGCAUAAGAACACAAUUUUAAUUUGAUCGAAUUUAUAUACAAUUUCAACAUUUAGCCUUCAUAGGACAUCAUCCUACCUUGAUUGUAUUGAAUCUUAUUAAACUUAAAAAUUGAGAAGGGCAAGUUGGAUGGACAAUGGAUGGAUUGGGCAACCGUGACAUUACAGAAAUUGAUAAUUUCCUCAAAGUUUAUGAAAAGUCAAAACGCAAAAAAAAAAGACUAAAGCAACACUGAAGCACCUUCACGACUUCUGGGUUAGUACAGGUUGGGUUUCUAUAAGUGACAAUGGUCAGCUGUAAUUGUUGCAUGUAUGGACUAAGAAGAUAAAGGAAGCUUCUUCUUCAUGGAACGUCCAUUGAGAGGUAAACAUUUCAUAAAUACGUUGGGUGAAUGUGCCUGAUAAAAUGAAAUCUGAUUUAAUUUCUGAGCCACAAUUCCAAAAUCUUUCAAAUAAACGCAACACAAAUAAACACAACACACUUCGGUGAAACAUGGUGGUAGCAGCAUCAUGCUAUGGGAUCCUUUGGUAUAUUAUGGUAUGUCUAGGCAAAGUUUAGAGUUAGUUUUACUUUUAAGGGUAUGCAAACGUAUGCAAGUUAUUUAUGUAUUUCCACCUUUAAUUUGGAUGUUUUGGAGCUAAAUUGCACAUGAUAUGUGUCAUAACAAAGUAAAACAUUUAAUGGGCACAUUUUUUUUCUACAAUACAAAACUCUGGUAUUUUAACAGUGGUGUGAUAACUUUUGAGAGCAAAAUAUGACAAGUGUUAUCAGUGAGUCAGAACUAAGAUCCAGCAAAGUAACGCAACGCAUUCUGUGUUCUUAUGCAACAUAUAAGAACACAGAAUGUUCUUGUUCUGUGUUGAAAUUGAGUCCAUUAUGGACUCAUUUUCAACCACUCAGUCCCUUUUUAACUGGGUUUGAGAGGAAAAUAACAUUCUGAUAUAACCAAAUUUUGUAACACAACCAACAUUAGAUAAUUUUGCAGGGACAUUUAGAAACAAAGAAGCUGUUGAAUUGAUUAUGGAUCUGUACUAAUCUAAUAAAGUGAAUUUCACAUUGCCAGUGAAGUUCAUACAACACAUCAAUAUAGGCAGACUUGCAGCAUAGCGUGAAUGCAAACGGUCCUUUGGCACAGCUCUGUUUCAUGUGUAGGAGGAGGUGGGGAGUCUGGGGGACUAAAAUGUAUAUAACACUCCAAACUGAAUCAGGAGUGCCCUGAAUACAAAUCAGCCCAUGAGGAUUUGAGUCCAGGAGACAUUUGAAGGUUGUAAUAAUGAAACCCGUUUUCUUUCGUUUGAGCUAAGAUUUUAUUUCCCCGAAUAAGUUUACAGGAUUGUUUUAUUUAAAAUAAAAAUAAAAACAAAACAAAAAAAGGUGCUUACCCAUUUUCAAUCUAUGCAACUAGAGUUGUUUUAAAUGUUGUGAUGUUACAAUAAAAGCAGUUUGUGUAUAGACUGCAAAAAUAUUGUGUAAUCUGUGUAAAACGUGUACAGAAUUUGGAAACCUAUGCUUUGCUACAUAUUUAUUCACAGUAAAGAACUUUGUACAAAUA